AUGGUACGUCACAAUGACCACUUCGGCGCAGAGCCUCAACUAACAUACAAACCGCAGCUUCCCCUCGGCCUCCUCACAGCCGCCGUCGGGCACCCCAUGCUAGUCGAGCUGAAGAGCGGCGAAACUCUAAACGGCCUCCUCGUCAACUGCGACACGUGGAUGAACCUCACGCUCAAAGAAGUUGUACAGACCAGCGCGGACGGCGACAAGUUUUGGCGAUUAGCAGAGAUAUAUGUGAGGGGCAGCACGAUAAAAUACCUACGGGUCCCGGAUGAGAUUGUCGACGUAGUCAAGGAGCAGCAGGCGAAGGAGCAGGCAUCGAGAGGUGGGCGUGGCGGCCAUGCCGGGCGCGGAGACGGACACCGUGGGGAUAGGGGAGGCAGAGGCAUGCGCGGUCGAGGAAGGGGUCGCGGAAGAGGCGGAGGUGGCGGUGGUGGCGGUAAUGCUUGA